UUCCAACUGGGCUUGUGUUCUCUGAAAAGAACUUCCCUCUACCCUCAGUCAGACUUUUACUGCAUCCUUUGAUCUGCGAUCAGCUGUCAAUAGCUGCUCAUUUGACGAUCUCCGGUCUCCGGUUUUUCAAGCUUCUGUUGUGAUUCACGCAAUGGAGGAGGAGAUGGAUCUCAACCAGGCCAGUGACGUUCCCAUGGACAUGCCGAUGGGGGAUGAGGAGGACGAAGCUGCGUACGCUCCGCAGAAGGAGGGAGAGGAGAAGGAUCUGACCAGCGACGGCGGAGUGAAGAAGCUCCUCGUGAAGGCUGGCGAUGGCUGGGACAAGCCCGAGGCUGGCGAUGAGGUGUCAGUUCACUACACGGGAACCCUUCUUGACGGAACCAAGUUCGACUCCAGCGUCGACAGAGGCGAGCCGUUCAACUUCAAGCUCGGACAAGGGCAAGUCAUCAAGGGAUGGGAUAAGGGUAUCGCAUCCAUGAAGAAGGGCGAGAAGUCCGUCUUUACAAUCAAGCCCGAGUACGCUUAUGGCGAGGCCGGCUCGCCGCCUACCAUCCCUCCGAGCGCGACGCUGAAGUUCGAGGUGGAGCUGCUGUCGUGGAUCAGCGUGAAGGACAUCUGCGGCGAUGGCGGCGUGUUCAAGAAGGUCCUGGUGGAGGGCAAGAAGUGGGAGACGCCCAAGGACAUGGACAGGGUCACAGUGAAGUAUGAGGUGCGGUUACAGGACGGCACGGUGGUGACCAAGACUGGGGACGAGGGCGUGGAGUUUUACCUCAAGGACGGCCACUUCUGCGCUGCUAUUCCGCGCGCCGUCAAGACGAUGCACCAGGGGGAGAAGGUGCUGCUCACAGUGAAGCCCCUCUACGGUUUCGGAGACGCCGGCCGUCCGGAGACUGACGGCCAGCCGGCAAUCCCGCCGAACGAGACGCUGAGCAUCGACUUGGAGCUGGUGGGGUGGCGGAAGGUGGAGAAGGUGACUGAGGACGGGAAGGUUAUGAAGGAGGAGAUCGAGGCUGGGGAAGGGUACGAGCGACCCAACGACGAGUCUGUGGUCAAAGUGCGCUACACCCUGCGGCUUAGUGAUGGCACAGUGGUGGAGGAGAAGGGCGUCGGCGAUGGGGAGGAUCCGUUUGAAUUCACCACAGAUGAAGAGCAAGUGGUCCCUGGGCUGGACAAGGCCGUAAUGAAGAUGAAGAAGGGCGAGCUCGCUACAAUCACCAUCUCACCGGAGUACGCGUACGGCUCAGAGGAAAAAACUCUCGAGAAAGGCACAGUUCCACCGAACUCCACCGUGGUGUACGAGCUUCGCCUGGCGGAUUUCGUCAAGGAUAGGGAGUCCUGGGAGCUAGGCGACGAGGAGAAGAUUUCCCACGCAGCCAAGAAGAAGGAAGAGGGUAACCUGCUCUUCAAGUCCGGAAAAUACAUCCGGGCAGCAAAGAAAUACUCCAAGGCGCUGAAGCUGAUCGAGUACGACACGCAGUUUAAGGACGAGGAGAAGAAAGCGGCCAAGGUGCUCAAGGUGUCGUGCAGUCUGAAUGAAGCCGCGUGUCAGCUUAAGCUGCGGGACUUCCCUGCUGCGGUGAAGCUGACCAGCAAGGUGCUGGAGCUGGAGGGGACGAACGUGAAGGCGCUGUACCGGCGGGCACAGGCGUACAUGGGGACUGAGGACUACGACCUGGCGGAGUGGGAUGUGAAGAAAGCCCUCGAUCUGGACCCGGAGAACAGGGACCUGAAGCUUGAGUACCGCACGCUGAAGAGGAAAAUUGCCGAGCAGAACCAGAAGGAGAAGAAGAUCUACGGCAACCUCUUUGCCCGGCUGCACAAGCUGGAGGAGAAGGAAGGGGUGAAGAGGGAGGACGAGACUGCUGCUGCUGCUGACGCUGCUGCUGGUGAUGCUGCGGCAGCAGAAGCAGCUGCAGCAGGGGUAGAUGUGCCGCAAGAAGCUGUGAUAGAACCAAAGGUUACUCUGGAUGCUGGGAGUGAUGCUGGAGAGGCGAUGGCUCAGUAGGGAAAGUACCAACGGUCAUUAGUAUUUUUAGGGACUUGUGCAUGGCUUGGCAUGACAAUGGAAAUUGGAGCCUAUAAAAUGAGCUUUUUGGGGAAUGGGGGUUCCAGAGUUUGGGAUAUCAAAGAAGCGCGACGAGGACGAAAAUUGAUUCGGUAGAA